AUGGGAAUACAGACGGCCGCAGCGGCGGCGGCGGCGGCAGCAGCAUCGGCAGGAGCGGGGGCGGCGCGGACGGGUUCGGCCAGAGCGCCGUCACCGACAGCAGCAUCGGCGGGAGCGGAGGCGGUGCGGACAGGUUCGGCCAGAGCGCCGUCCCCGACAGCAGCAUCGGCGGUGGCGGCAUCGAUGACGGGGGGAACGGCAGCAGCAGCAGCGGCGGCGGAGUCGGCGGUGGCGGCAUCGGUGACGGGGGGAACGGCAGCAGCAGCAGCGGCGGCGGCGUCCCCGGUCGCCGCGUUGGCGUUGGGUGUCCAGACGGCCGCAGAGGCGGCGGUGUCGACAUCGGUGACGGGGGUAACGGCAGCGGCGGCAGCAGCCGCGGAGUCCCCGGUCGCCGCAUUGGCGUCGGGUAUCCAGACGGCCGCAGCGGCGGCGGUAGCGACAUCGGUGAUGGGGGUAACGGCAACGGCGACAGCAACAGCGGCGUCCCCGGUCGCCGCGUUGGCGUCGGGUUUCCAGACGGCCGCAGGGGCGGCGGCGGCGGCAAAGCAGCAGCAGCAGCGAGGAAAGCGGCGGUGAUGGGAGCGGGGAUGAGGGGGUGGAUGAAACCUAGAGUGGAGCCCCGACGCACCCCUUCGACCCCGGUAAGACAUCUUCGUGUGGCGCGAGGAGACGGGGGGCGGUACCAGGGGUGGUGUACCCCUUCGAUAGGAGCAGGAACGGGAGUGGAAGCUCCGGCGGCGACACCGGCGGCAGCAGGAGCAGCGACGGGAGUGGUGGCUUCGGCCAGAGCUCCGACGGCAGCAGCAGACGGCAGUGGCGGCUUCGGCCAGAGCCCCGUCGGCGGAAGCGGCGACAACGGCGGCGGUGGUAGAGGCGGCAGCAGCGACGUCACCGGCAGCCAUGUUGGCGCUGGAACUCAUGACGGUCGUGGCGGCGGGGGAACGGCAACGGCGGCGAUGGCAGCGGCGGCAGCAGCGGUGGCGUCCUCGAGUCGACCGGGAACGGGAAGGACACGGUGACAGCGACGACCUCACCUUGUCACAGCCAAGUGGGAGAACAUGUGAAACACGACAUUGUUCGGUUUUGUGAGCAGGCAUGUACGUUUUAGCUUCGCCAUUUCGCUUCGCAUUUAUUUUUUUGUUCUGUUUUUCCCUUGCUAGCGCACCGUGCACUUUGAUGCAGAAAACACGUGUGUGUAUGCCACGGCGUGUGCGUAAUUUUU